GAUGCACCGCGCUUCGUCUGCUACUACUCUGCACUUUACUAAUCUCUCCUCUCCGCUAACAAAUCUUAACUAACUGCAAAUAUUGUCCCAUUUUUGAAGCGUUUACAGGCGACGUCAUGUCAGAAGCGGUGUUUACUUUUUAUAGCGCACGGGCGGCUGUCUUUUGGACCCAAACGGAAAGUCAACUUUUCUCGCACGCAGUGCGGGAUUAGGAAUCUCCAGGGGUGCCAUGUUGGCUACAGAAACAACAGACGCGCCACAGGAGGCCAAACAUGUCACACAGAUCAAAGAGAGGCUGGCACAGUCGCUCAAAGCCCUGCAGAGACGCUACGUGACGUCGGAUGCAGUGGUCACCAGCGAGGACGCAGACGCCAACCUCCUCUGCUGCGCCCUGGAGGCCAUCUUCAUCCACGGCAUCAAGAGCAAGUACAUCCGCUUGGAGGCCGGGGGCCGUGGCAGGAAGGGGAACCGAGGACCCCUCCCUCAGCCUUUCUUCUGGAGCCUCCUAAAGACCGUGACCCACCGUGACGUGAUCACCGAGCUGGAGAAGAUCAGUUUCGUGGGCACAGACGUGGGUCGCUGUCGCGCUUGGUUGCGUCUGGCUCUCAACCACGGCCUGCUGGAGUGUUACCUGGCCUCGCUGUUUCGGGAGAGCUCCAAGCUGCGGGCGCACUAUCAGCCCGGCGCCUUGCUGCUGGACGCGGAGGAGCGGGAGGUGCUGAUCAGCUACCUGCAGGGUCUGGCCUCGCUGUCGUUCAGCCUCUCGUACAAGUCGGCUGUGCUCAACGAGUGGACCACCACGCCUUUAUCCCUCGCCGGACUCUGCCCCCAGGCCCAGGGAGACGCCGACAGCACGGACCACCCCGCCUCCAAGUUCGCGUGCAAAGACUCCUGGGAUACCGCGUCGCAGUCGUCGGGAUCGUCCGAUGCACCCGACUUGCAGAGGGUGCUUGUCAGCAGGGGUUCCGGCGGGUCCCAGGGGGGUACCAGAGGGCUCAACUCGUCCAGUCUGAGCCUCAACACCACAGGCUCCUCACAGCUCUCGUCCAGCUUGAGCUCCGACAGCCUCCUCCAGGGCCAGGACCCCCGCGCCCCCGCAGGAGAGCAGUGGUCCUCAUGUGACCUGGACCCGACCUUAAAUGGAACCAGCAACACCAAGCCGCCCUUGAAAACUUCGCUUCCUGAGCUCCAGGAGAACGGCAGUCAGGACUCCAUGCGCGAAGACUCCUUCGUCUCCAGCAACGGUCCUGACCAGAUCUCAGACAGCGACCGGCCGCUGAGUUCCGUUCUCUCCGACACCGAGCACCGCCAGGACCACGUCAACCGACCGCCAACUGAAGCCUCGGACAAAGGCGCCCUCCCACGAGAGGUCGCCGUGGUCCGUGUCCAGGAGAAGAAAGUCGAGGGCACGUCGGAGUCUUCGAUGCGUUUGAGCUGUCAUCCUUCGCCAAGUGUCCUGAGCAGGAACUUGUCUUCAGAUUCCAUCACACGUUCUCGCUCCUGGAUCUCUGAGGACGAUAUCUACAAGCCCCGAGUGGACGAGGAGUCCGACCACGAGGAAGCGCCUCCUGCUGCUCCCGCGGAUUCCCAGUCGCCACCGAGUGUCGUGCAUCGUCGGCAAAUAGGCCUGUCCAACCCGUUCCGAGGCCUGCUGAAGCUGGGUCACCUGGAACGGCGCGGCGCCAUGGGAAUGUGGCGCGACCACUACUGCGAGCUGUCGCCCUUCGAGUUCCGCCUGUACCUCAACGCCGAAGAGCGCACGUGUUGCGACAACUGCUCCCUGGUGCGCUGCGAGGACGCCCGUCUCGCCUCGCCCGACGGACGCUUCGAGUUGGCCUUCCCCGGCAAGCGGCUGCACCUGCGGGCGACGAACCGGGACGAAGCGGAGGACUGGGUGGACCGGAUCGUAGAGGCCGUCAACAAGCACCGGCCCGUGUCCCGCGUGGACGAGCAGUGGGAGGUGCUGGAGUGCCCGAGUGAGAACGGCGUGGAAGACGACGCCGCCCGCUGCAGCCCGGACCGAAGCUCCUCCUCCUCUGAUGCACGGACAUGUGGCGGGAAAGCCACGCCCCCUCCAAUACAGGAAUUCAACUGGACUCGCACGACGGAUUUGGAAACGGACGCCAUCAAAGAGGCUGUUCUUUAUUGUUCCGCAGACUCCGACGCUCGGACUUGGAUCCCUCUCGUCUUCUCGCUCUCUUUGGAGUCCUUGAAGGCUUUCCUCGUCGUAGAAGAAAGAAAGUUGCUUCGACAGAGCUUCCCCAUCGAGGAAGUGAGGGACGUGGUCCCCGACGUCUCGCUGGGCGGAGCCAACUUCUUCAAAGUCCUGACGCUCAGAGAAACACUCCGACUGAGGGCGGAGAACGCCGAGGAAGCGCGCUCCUGGAGGACUCUCAUCCGCGGCGCUCUGGAUUCUUACCUGGAGAGCGGCGAAGACGGGGAGGCUGUGGUCGGCCAGAGCGGGGCGGGAAACCUCCACAAGCUGGUCCAGCACCGACUGAAAGGAGACGGCGCGCUGCUGGCCCACCUGUGCACCGUGCCCUCGCACAAGGGUCUGGACACGCAGAACUUCAGAUGUGCAGGCUGCUCGCAGCAGAUCGGCCCCUCGCUGGGACGAGGACGCCUGUGCCACUUCUCCGGCCAGUACUACUGCGACGCCUGUCACCGCGGCGACACCAGCGUCAUCCCCUCGCGCAUGCUGCACAACUGGGACCUCCAUCAACGGCAGGUGUCAGCGAAGGCGCUGUGGCUGCUGGCUCAGGUGGAGCAGGAGCCUCUGCUCAACCUGGAUCAGCUCAAUCCACACUUGACCACGCACUCGGAGUCCAUGGCGCGGGUCCACGGCCUGCGGCAGAGGCUGCGACUCCUGGGCGACUACGUGCUCGCCUGCCGCAGCGGCGCCUGCAAGACGCUCCAAGCCAGGAUGGAGCAGAGAACCUACCUGCUGGAGUCCUGCAGCCUGUACAGCGUGCUGGACCUGCGCCAGAUAGCGGAGGAUCAGUACACCACCUACCUGACCUCCAUGUGUCAGUUGGCCUGCAGCCACGUCUUCAGCUGUGACCUGUGCACGCAGCGAGGCUUCAUCUGCCAGGUGCGAGGCGUGCAAGUCGGUGUUCCAUCAGGCCUGCAUGACUCCAGGCCGCUGCUGUCCUCGCUGUCUGAGAAUGAAGAAAUACUUGGACAGAGACCUGCAGGACUGAAGGAGGCCACCAGAGGGCGCCCUCAAUCUCUGGACACAGCUGCCAAAGUCGAGCCACCUCAAGUGCAAUUAUUGGAGUCAGGUGACACAACACAUCCUAAUUUAUUGACCUCACUCCUCAUCACAGCUUCUUCAGCACACAUGUUCUUUUUUCUACCUUGUUGCCAUAGCAACCUAGCAAUGAUGGGUGCUAAGGGCUUUUUUGAGGACAGCACUUGAAGUUAGUCAAUAAUCCAAAGUGCCUUCAACAUAACAUGUCAUCUAUCUCCUGCAUCCACCACAUGACUUCUUACAUGUCAUCUAUCUCCUGCAUCCACCACAUGACUUCUUACAUGUCAUCUAUCUCCUGCAUCCACCACAUGACUUCUUACAUG